AUCUUGUUGCCCAGCAGACGCACCCAACUUUAAUCAUAUUUCCAAGUUUAGUGCUUAAGGUAUCUUUGUAGUAACCCUCUGCUAUUUGUACUAUCUUUAACAACCUAUAAUUUCAAAGGCCUGUCAUCGCUAUAGCUUGUAAAUAUGGAAAUGAAUACAUAUGUAAGUAUUAGCGGACAUAUACGAAUUUGUACGUGAAGGUAUGUACAUGCAUACAUAUGUGCGGGUCAGUUUUAGCGCUGCUUUCAGCUAAGCUUUUGUGGAAUUCCGCUGGGUUUCAAACAGUGCCUGCUAAACCCAGACUCCCCUAUUCCUCGAUUGAAAAUCAUCCAGAAAUGGCAUUUUAUCCCUCUAUAAAGAUGUCUUUGUUUUGUCAGGUUGAAAUCCCAUUUUAAACGUUUGAAUGUCACCUUCCAAAGUUAUUAAUAUUCACCUGGGAAUCUCCCGAUUUUUUUAGCCUUAUCACUCAAUACUACCACGCAUGUUACACGAGAUUUUGAUCAAAGUGCUUUAACUUAUCAGCCUUCAAUUUCACUCAUAAGUGUAUCGCGAACGAAAACAGAAACCACAUUUUAAAGACCUACCAGGUUGUUAAGAAUUUAAGUUAUACUGAAAGAUCCACUUAAGUGCUUUGCUAAUAGUCUAAUUAGCUGAUAAUUUUAAUUUCAUGGAGUGGGAACGGAUCCGCGACCGCAUCGUGAUUGUGCUUUGGCUAUGCUGAGAGCAAAUUAGCGGAAUCUUUUCAUCGGAUCUCCCUUACGCUCCGCCAUGUGUGUGAAGUCCGACAGGGCCAGUCCAUGUAGGUUGGCUCGUUGAAAGUCUCCCGCGUCCAAUCGCGAGUUGCGCUGAUUAUAAGACACGUCAAAACGAAAUCUCUAUAGUCAGAGAGGUACCCUCAUAACCCCUUGGCUGGAAGAAUGUGUAAUUAUUUUAAUAGGUUGUCUAAGCUUUCUAGACACCGCACAGAGCGGCGCACCAGCAUUAUCGCUGGAUUGUAGUGAAUAUCGCGAUUAGAUUCGCAUUGGCAGCCGCAGCGGAAUGGAGUCGUGGCUGAAGAUAUCGUGGGUAUUAUGCAUAUUCGGUUUCCUGCGCGAGAUCCGUCCCUCGGAGCCUUAUCACGCUGAGAUAUUGAUGAGUGACUGGUAUCAUGUCACCCAGGAAGAGAUCAAUCGUUCCGUCUAUCCCGUGGGCACCUACUCCUAUCUGGCUCUACAAAUCUUUGUGUUCCUCAUCACAGACUUUCUCAGAUACAAGCCUGUAAUCAUUGCCAAUGCUCUGACGGGCAUCUUAGUCUGGAGUACGCUGCUUUGGACCACAACUCUGACGGGGCUGCAGGUGGUUGAAGUGUUCUACGGCUUCUACCAGGCGGCAGAAGUGGCCUACUAUGCUUACAUCUAUGCAAAGGUCGAUAAAAAGUAUUAUCCGCUUGUGACUUCCUAUACCCGGUCGGCCAUGUUCGUGGGAAAGUUGGUGGGUGGGCUCCUGGCGCAGCUCAUGAUUGGUAUGCAGUGGAUGGUCUACCGACAGCUCUACAUCAUCAGCAUUACAAGUCAAGUGUUGGCGCUGUUUUGGUCGUUCGGUUUGCCAAAGGUCGAAAAGAGCCUGUAUUUCCAUAGCCAAUCUGGAGCUGGGAAAGAUGAAACAAAGUCCGAUGCAGCAGUCAUUGAGAAUGGAUCACAAAAGCCAGAGGAAACGGUGGAAAAGCCUUCACCUGCCACGAAGCAAAGCUUCCAUGCUUUUCAGCUACUGUGGACUCACUUCCACAGCGCCUACACAAAUCCCACGGUCCUGCAGUGGAGCCUAUGGUAUGCCAUGAUACUGGCCGGCUUUCUCCAAAUAAGCACCUACAUGCAGGUGGUGUGGAAGUCCUACGAUGAGCCAACUAUUGCAUGGAAUGGAGCCGUGGACGCUGCUUUGACGGCCCUCAGUGCUGUCUUCUCACUGCUCGCGGGCUACUUUCCUGCGAGUCGCCUGAAGACGCGCACCAGCUUUCUGACCAUAGCUGUGCUGUCGGUACUGCAGGGUGGCUGUAUACUGCUGUCAUCAUGGACCAGCAAUAUAUACUACUCCUAUUUGGGCUAUGUGCUCUUCGGCGGUUUAUUUGCUUUUACCAUAACGGUGGCCAGCUCUGAGCUGGCCAGCAGCCUGGUGGAGGACAGCUUUGCCUUGGUCUUUGGCUUCAACACUUUUAUUGCGCUCCUCUUGCAAUGCAUCCUGACAUUUGUGGUUGUUUCGGAAAAUGUCAAUCUCAAUUUGAACGUAUUUGAACAGUUUACCGUUUAUGCCUUCUAUUUUAUGGUAAUUGGCAUUGUUUACUUCACAGUUGUUGUAUUGCAGUGCGUUUGGUCUGGCGUGAAAGGCCCGAAAACAAAUAAAGAGGUCGUAAAUUGAUAAUUUUG